AUGUCAGAGAACAACCCCGACGUGAUGAACCAGCUUGCAGCGACGUUAGGCCUGUCGGCUGAGCUCCAGUUCUACGACGUGUAUUCUCUAGAUGAGCCUGAACUACUCGCACAUAUCCCGCAUCCUGCUUUGGCUCUACUGGUCAUCAUUCCUCUUACAUCAGCCUGGGAUCGGAGCCGCAAGGUCGAAGACGCCGAAAAAGGUCCCUAUGUGGGCUCUGGCCCUGAAUAG